AUGGAAAACAGCAACGAUAAACAACAACAAAGAGCUUCGCCCAACAACAAUCAUGGGAGUCCUGUUUCACCGGAACAGUACAGCAGUGUAACGGUGCAACUGCAGACUUUUAAAAGUUACCGAAUCCCCGGAAACAGCCCUGGAAAGCUUGUGCUGAAUCUGACGGGUCUUCUAGUGUUGUGUUUCAUCAGAAGAAAAAAUAGAUUCUCCAUACUGAUCAAAGUGACAGGGUGCCUCUGUCUCGUGUGUGCUGUCUUGUGCGUUGUCGUCACCGUCACUACGACAGUCCUUCACAUGAAUAGACUGCAGACACUCCAGGAGUGCGAGUUCUUCCCGCACUCUCACUCCUGCACCUGCACUCCUUACACUAGUGUCAUGGACCCGAAUCACGAUGUGAGAUAUGUGUUCAGUCUGGAAAACAGCGGCAUGAAUUGUGACGUCAUCCACGGGCCUCUGUACUCGUGUCUGCGAGCGCUGUUCGGCCUCUCCGUCAUCGGUAUCUUGGUGUCCAUCUUCUCGUGUAUGUUGGUAUACCAGUUGCUCAGUCACGAGAAGAAGAAGAUGUACUGGGAGCAACUGGAGAACAGACGCCGCCUUCUCUACCGUCGAGGACCCGCGCCCAACGCCUGCUCCUGCUGCGACGAGUACGGCUUCGUUCCGCCCUCCGAACUCUACCCCUGGGCUCUCUGGGACACCAUCGACGACAGGUACUGGUCAGGAGGGCAGUUUUGUGGGACAGGAGCCGAAGAUUCUUCCAAUGCCUCCCGUUCGGUGUUGUUGAGUACAACCACGCCCCAGGGUCAAGGUCCGUUGUGGCUUCCUUGGGGAGGCGCCUGGGGGGCACCUGCUGGCCCUCCGCCUCCUCAGCAGCAGCAGACAGCUCUUACUCCUGCAGCAGACUCCGCGACAGCUACGACGGGUGAUAAUAGUCAGAGCGGUGAGGAGACACGUGCCCAAUUAACCGGGGUUUUGUUACGACCGUUCCUUCCUCGGGGACUCGAGAACCGUCUCGGUCUUCGGAGACAACACCCACCCGCACACCACAAUCGUCGACCUUUAUCAGACCCUGGAGUAGCCUUGCAGCUACCUCGUUACCCUCCACCAUUCACUGAAGGCUAUUUACCACCAAUGGCCUACCAAGAAGCCUUUCCUAGAUACAUGUGGGGACCUCCCCCCCCAUAUUCACAGCCUACGUCGUCAGAAAAUCUGGCCAUGCAGAUGUCACCACAUCAUCAUCCCAAUUCUCCUACAUCACCCUCGGCCAUCCAAGGGCUGGUUGCGCAAGCAAUCCGAUCUUCGCCUGCUCACCGACCUCCAACACUUGCUGAUUUGAUGCAUGGCCCAGCCAGUCCUACAAGUAACACCCUUUCCUCGCCUAGUGAUGACUCUGAAAUGUUGAGCUCUCCCUCCCAAAAUCAGAGGUUGUCGCGUUCGCGUCACAAGGUUAUUACAAAUGACCCGGGAGGAACUUUGGGAGGUUCCAGCUCUUUGCCCUCGAGGCACCGAACGCGCAGACUUCCUUUGGGUCACGUGAAAUCCCUUGGGGACGUUAAUGAACACAAACACGAUGAACCUUUAGAAGUGCUAUUCUGUGAUGGUAAAGACAUUGCACCUCUUGAUAAAUUUCAUUCACAGGCGGACUUACAGCACGAUGGUUAUCGUAGCAAGCACAUUAAAAGCAUUAGUGACCCUAAAGUAGUUUAUACAAGUGGAAAAAUGGAACAGGAAUCAGAGUUAUAUUUUGCAGAUGUCUCGUCAUGUGUAUCAGUUCGACAAGACGGUGAAGAAACUUUGUAUUAUUCAGAGCCUACGAGCUCUGCCAGUCAAAAUACACCUUCCCCUAGUGACAAAGAAGUCCUCGAAGCCACUUUAAACCAUACGUAUGAACAAGUGCGUGAAAAAGACGAUGACAGUUCUCACCAUGCAUCUGAUGAUACUAUGAUUGUACAUACGUCAUCGUCAGAUCAUAGUCUUGCAGCAGAAACCGAAAAUACUUACAGUGUCGUUUCUCCACUAACAGACAUGUCAAGUACCUCGCCUAUGAUUACAGACACAGAUGCUUAUUCGUGUUACACCCCGACCACUUCGGGUCCCUCCCCUUCUUCGCCCAGUCAGAGAGAUAUCACACCUUCUACACCGCAGGCUUUCAACCAUAACCUAGCCAUCCAUCCACUCAGGCAACUACACCCUCUCCAUCCCCUACACCAACUGCAUCACAUACAUCAUAUUCAUCCAGGAAAGACCCACAUAAACGAUAACGACCCAAUCCCCACACAGCCGAGUGAACAGCCUACUGUAGAUGUGGAGAUCGAACACUGUUAUGAGACUUUGCCUGGCUGCGAAGCCGAAGCCUCGAUAAGUGCUCCUUUGGCAUCGACUUCCCUAGAGCAAGAAGGCGCUCCUUCUCACCUUCCAGAUGCUUCUGACUUGAACGGCAACGUGACUGUCACAGAAGCUAUAGUGCAUAUGGGUGCUUCCAUGGCUGACAGUUCUAACCCCAAUAGUUCAAGUACAACAAGACCCUCGAGGGCAAACCUAUCCCUUCCCCUCCGUCGUGUUUUAUCCUCAUCCAAUGCCAAUGCAGAAGUAAUCACAGAGGACACGCCUACACCCGAUUCAGAAAUGGUCUCGGUAGACCAGGGACGAAACCAAAGUGGAGCACGGCGAGUAGGGGAAAGAGUAGUAUCAUAUCACAGCUCGGAACCGAACACUCCAGCUGAGCGGAGAAUACACUCAGUGCAGGACCUCCUGUUUACCUUAAAAUCAGUGAACGUGUAGAAACGUUAGCAGAAUUAGAGGUUAUUGCCGAGACACUGUUUUAGUGUAAGUUUGUGAAUUUCAACGAUAAUGCAAUGUGACAUGAUAUUGUAAGUCUCAAAAUUUCACUUACAGACCACACUGUACAUGGAUGUUCUGAAGACAAUGCUCGAGAAUGAUAAGUACUCAAUGUGCAUGACACUACUCCAACCCUCAAGGUUUGUAAUUCUCUAUAUAUCAUGAUUAGGAAACCAUCCAUUUUGCCCAAAGACUUGACUGGGAACCUACGGGAAUAAAAUAUACCGAAGACACUUUGAAAAUGUGCCUGUGUAUUAUUUUAGGAAAGGAAGGUUUGAGAGAUCAUGGCCUUUGUUUGUAAUGUGUUAAUUCCAAAGUCAUAAUUGACAACAUACUUUGUAUCAUAGCCACUGUACAUUCGUCACACCUUCACAAAAGUAGUGUGCUUCAGGAUACUGCCUUUUUGCUAUCACUCACAAUGUGAUUCAGGAUCAAAUUUUCUUUAAAGCAAAAUCUUUGACCUAAAAGUGGAAUAUGACCGAUUAAAUGUGAAAUUUACAGUAAGGCGUUCAAACACUUUUCUUCUUAAAAGCUUCUUUUGUUAUCAUUUGAAUAAGUUGUGAUUAUUACCUCCACACUUGGAGGUAAACUCAUGCUUUGUUAGAGAAUUGUUUAUAUUUUGUUCAAAAGCAUUUCAAAAUGUGCUCAAAAGAUAUUAAACUAUGACAGAAAAUUGAUAAACUUUAAAGCUAUGCUUGAAGGUCCAUUAGUUUCAAAGCACCCGCAUCGUUUUGUGAAGUGCCUAUACUCCUGGCAUAACAAUAUAUAUAUAUAUUUAUAUAUA